AUGCUGCAGCACGCGUUCGGAUCUGGCAGAGAAGUUAUCUACCUCCGGACCAGGUCGGAUAGAAAGCUCUUCAACCUCGCCAGGCUGAGAGCUGAGUCAAAAGUUCAGCUGAGGUGUCUGCGCGACUUCCUUUUUGCCGACGAAGCAGCAGUCACCGUCCACUCAGCUGAAGACCUCCAACAGCUCAUGACCCGCUUAAGCGAGGCCUCUCAGGCUUUCGGACACAACAUCAUCCUGAAGAAAACACAGGUCAAGGGACAUGGAGUGGACUCCCCACCUAACAUUGGCAUCUCUGAUUACAAACUGGAAGUUGUGGACGACUUCGUGUACCUGGGCUCCACAAUUUCUGACUCCCUCGCUCUUGACAUGGAGCUAAACAUACGCAUCGAUGUGGCCCCUGUGGUGUUGCCUCCUGUGGCGGCGCCUCCCGUGGUACAACCCGCGGCGGCCGUGUCUGGUGAUGUUGAACGGGACAUUCAGUCUCUUAGUAAUGCUGUUUUCCAAGAAAUUUGUGCUCGAGACGAACCUUCGAUGUGUGCAGCGGCCACAGUGGUGGUGCUCCUGGCUGGCCUCGGUGCUGCCGACGUGACCAGUGAAGGUGGCGCCAACUCUGCAGAAGCAGACGACACAGAGAGGGAGAGACGCCACUCAUUGCCGCUGACGCAGUCUUUGAGACCCUACGGUGUCCUGCCACCCCACACGCCAGCAGCGUUCCUCACGCCCUACUCCAUCUUCGCCUCCCACCCCACCUUGGUCAGCUCCCAAGUGUCCAACUCCCUCAACCUGGGCGGGGUCCUAGACAGGCCUGUCUCCACACCCGUCAUCACCCCAUUCAUCAGGGAGAACAAGCUGACGAUCAACCAGGCAUCAUUUAAUCAACUGGCGGGAGGUCCCCUGUUAAACCAGGGCGUCUACACCCCCAGCCGCACCCCGGCGGUCACCCAGCCCUUCCUGGGCCCCGCCUCCGGCCUGGGUCCUCGGGUCACCCCCGUCCCUCACCACCUCCGACCUCUCCAACCUUCCAUAAACACAUACGGAGUCAAGACAUCCAACCAGUUCUUUAUCUUUUCUCUGGUAAGACAUCUAACCCAGUUCCCUAGCUAUGCCCCAGUAAGAGAUCACAGCUUGGAUACAUCAGACGAUGAAGCGUCUCACAAGACAGUUGAGAGAAAAUAUGACCUGGUAUUAUCUUAUAUUCGUACAGUAACGCGUCACUUCCCUGGGCAAACACAUUGCCCGAAUGGCCUGCAGUGUGUGCCGCUGGUGAGCUGUGCUCCCUGCUACCACCAGGUGGAGAACCAGCCCCAGCUCUCCUGCUCCAUCUACGGUGGUGCUGUUGGCGUCUGCUGCCCCGGACAACCCAAUAACAUUAACCUGCGACAGCUGUUCGUAGAGCCGGAGAUUGUGGUUCCUCAACUGGGCUUCAGUAAUGAUCUGAUCAACGGGGCUGUUAGGGUCGGCCUCGGGCUGCUGGCGGAGGUGGACCUCUUGGAAGCGGAACUGCAAGCAAGAGACUUCGAGGUGACGGACUUCAGAGACCCAGCUUUCGGUCAUCUCCAGUUCUUCAAGACAUCACCCCUCGCCAUUCGACUUUCCAGAGGCGCCUUUGUCAGCGCUUUAGCCAGUGACCAACUCAUGACCCAGUUUCGCCUGAGUCCCUUGCAGGCUGGCUUUGGUCUGCAGCAGUUUGAUCUGUCCAACACCAUCAUCGCCGAAUCCUGCCCGAGGAAUCCUGCGUGCAGGGAGAGAGACGUACUCUACCGCACCAUCGACGGCUCCUGCAACAACCUGGACAACCCCAUGUGGGGCCAGGCUAGGACCACCUUCCAGAGACUAUGUCCCCCAUCCUACAGUGACGGUUUGUUCCGGCCUCGUCGGAGUGUGCUGGGCGGCCCGCUGCCCUCCGCCAGGCUGGUGUCCACCAGCAUAUCAGGAGACGUGGACAAUCCCAGCCCAGACUACACCCUCUCCCUCAUGCAGUGGGGUCAGUUCAUCGACCACGACCUCGCUCACACCCCCAUCAACAGGCUAAGUAACACGAGUGGUAUUCAGUGUUGUGGUAACAACGGAACGACUGUGGCUGAAGCAGCCUUCCUUCAUCCCGCUUGCUUCCCCAUCGACAUCCCCGAGAACGACCCUUUCUUCGGCGGGACGGGCGACAUCUGUAUGAACUUCGUCAGGUCCAUGUUCGCACCCCGCACCAACCCCUGCAGUUUAGGAUACGCUGAACAGAUGAACCAGAUCACUCACUACCUGGACGGGUCCAACAUCUACGGGUCGAGCCGCCAGGAGGAGCAGCAGUUGAGACUGUUCCGGGGCGGCCUCCUGAGGGUGCAGGAGACAGACCUCCUCCCAGCUGACCCUGAGGCCAUGGAGUGCGUGACUAGCAGGGACGGAAUUCCUUGUUUUAUGGCCGGCGACAACCGCGUGAAUGAGCAGAUACUCCUCUCUGUCAUCCACACCGUGUGGGUGAGGAUGCACAACCGCAUCGCCCGGGAGCUGGCCCGUCUCAACCCCCACUGGUCAGACGAGACCAUCUACCAGGAGACCAGGAGGAUAGUGGUGGCCAUCUACCAGCACAUCAUCUACAACGAGUGGCUCCCUAUUAUCCUAGGCAAGGACUACAUGGCUGCUAACGGGCUCCUGCCACAGCGAGAGGGCUUCUCCAGGGACUAUGACAGUAGUCUUAACGCAGCUGUUCUGAACGAGUUCGCAACCGCUGCCUUCCGCUUCGGCCACAGCCUUGUCCAGGGCAUGAUACGGCUGGUGGGGAAGAAGGGGAUGAAGGACGGAGGAACGCUGCUGCUGCACGACAACUUCAACAACCCGCAACACAUCUACACCCCGGGCAGACUGGACCAGUUCCUCCGGGGCCUGGCCACACAACCCAUCCAGCAGUUUGACAACUUUGUCACUUCUUCACUCACUAACAGGCUCUUCCAGACUCCACAGAUGCCCUUCGGGAUGGACCUGGUGGCCCUCAACACCCAGCGGGGCCGCGACCACGGCAUCGCUCCCUAUAAUAAACUGAGAGAAGCUUGCGGACUUCCAAGGGCCAGGACCUUCGCAGACCUGCUCGACGUUAUCCGGCCGGAGGUGGUGAACGUGUUCCAGCAGCUCUACGCCUCUGUUGAUGACAUCGACCCCUUCGUGGCCGGUAUCUCUGAGCGGCCCGCACCGGGGGCUCUUGUUGGACCCACCUUCAGGUGCAUCAUCGGCGACCAGUUCACCCGCCUAAAGCGAGGAGACAGGUUCUUCUACGACCUGGCAGGCAUGCCGUCUUCAUUUUCUGAAGCACAACUCAACUCUAUCCGGAUGAUGUCAUGGGCGCGCGUCCUGUGUGAGACUGGCGACAUGUUGGGCUACGUCCAGCCCCUCGCCUUCCGUCAGCCUCGGGGACUGAACGAGAGAGUUCCUUGUGACAGUCCCGGCAUCCCGGGGCUCGACCUCACGCCCUGGAUCUCCCGGGUUAAGAAAUAAUAGUUUAUACCGACACCCCGACACCUGCUCCAGGUCUUGCAACACCCGGUACUCUGACACCGCUCCUAGUGUUGUGACACCCCGACACCGCUCCUAGUGUUGUGACACCCCGACACCGCUCCUAGUGUUGUGACACCCCCGACACCGCUCCUAGUGUUGUGACACCCCGACACCGCUCCUAGUGUUGUGACACCCCGACACCGCUCCUAGUGUUGUGACACCCCGACACCGCUCCUAGUGUUGUGACACCCCCGACACCGCUCCUAGUGUUGUGACACCCCGACACCGCUCCUAGUGUUGUGACACCCCGACACCGCUCCUAGUGUUGUGACACCCCGACACUGCUCCUAGUGUUGUGACACCCGACGUCCCAACACCCAAGUGUUGUAAACAAAAGACAAACACGUUGCCAAUAUCGACAGGAAGUGCUAUCAGAGUUGUCCUCAGUGAUAUUGUACAGUGUCGCAACUAGAUCAUUUCGUGUUAAGUGUUAUUAAAGUUUUCACUUAGUGAUAAUGUUCACUAAUGCCCCCACGCAAGGCAUUCUUCAGGUGUAGUAAAGGUCUACUUCCUUACCUUGUGAGAUAAACGCUCGACCAACACCGGACAAACACUCUACCACACAACCCACUCAAAUGCCAGUUAAAAUAAGGAGACAGCAGUCAUUUUUGCUUCUAUCAUAGCACCAUCUCCACCAUGUUAGUUUCUAUCCUUUAACAUCCUUAGGAUGUGAAUCAAGGUUUAAAUUUUAUCUGUGAUAUAAAGCUGUAUAUUUUCCUACUCUAAACUCUCACUCUAAUCUUCAGAAUUAAAAUUAAUAACUUAAUCUUCUCAGUAUAUAAUACCAUUCAGAGGACAUAUACAUGAUACUUGCAAAAUUCCAAAAUACGUCGAAACUAUAAAAUUGCUUUCAAAUAAAGAGUGGGACAGCGAUCAAGAAAAUAUUUUUACAAAGCAAAACGUUAAUUAACAUCACCACAAAUGAUGUAACAGUGAACAAAAAGAUGAUGUUCAUGUGGCUGACAUAUAUAUCUCCACACCAUAGAGACCUAUAUAAUUAUAAGUUAUUUUAUAAGAAAUGUAUAAAUGUGUCACAGAUGUGUAUAUAUAUAUAUAUAUAUAUAUA